AUGUCUGGUGGUAUUGCGCGCGGACGACUGGCGGAGGAACGCAAAGCCUGGCGCAAAAAUCACCCUCACGGUUUUGUGGCUAAGCCGGAGACACUUCCUGAUUGCACAGUGAAUUUGAUGGUGUGGCACUGCACAAUCCCUGGUAAACCGGGAACUGAUUGGGAGGGCGGCUAUUACCCAUUGACUAUGAACUUCAGUGAAGAUUAUCCAAGCAAGCCACCGAAGUGUAAAUUCCCUCAAGGUUUCUUUCAUCCGAAUGUUUAUCCAUCUGGAACUGUUUGCCUCUCAAUUCUCAAUGAAGAUAGUGGGUGGCGACCAGCCAUAACAGUGAAGCAAAUUUUAGUUGGCGUUCAGGAUCUGUUGGAUCAGCCAAACCCUGCUGAUCCAGCUCAAACUGAAGGGUAUCACUUGUUCAUUCAGGAUGUUGUGGAAUACAAGAGGAGGGUUCGUCAGCAGGCCAAGCAGUAUCCUCCACUUGUCUGA